AUGUCUUUAUUACUGAAAUAUAUUGAUGCUCCACCUCAAAAUCCAAUUGAUUUCAAAAUUCCAUUGAGUGAUCCUAUGGACUGGCCAUUAAUUCCAUCCAUUCAAGAUCUAAAAAUUAAUAUACCUAAGUUGCGUACUGAGGGACUGCGCGCCUCCGUACACCACUUAGCGGUUUUGACACUUUACGAAACCAGUAACGUAUAUUUUACAACACAACCAUAA